UUACUCAAUACAAAGCAUAUAUAGAGAAACAAGGCAAACAUACAUAAAAAGAAAAGUAGGUGAAAACAAAGUGGCAGAGAGAGAUAAAUGGCAACAAGGGUAAGAGGAUGGUGGUGUUGAUGUUGGUGGUGGUGGUGGCCUCCCAACAGACAUAAUUUCAGCUCAUGUCAUUUUGAUUCCCUUCUCUCUCUCUCUCUUUGUAUCUUUCUCAAGUUUUUUUUUUUUUUUUUUCCUUUUCUUUUUUCAAAUUUUCUCAUUGAAGAGUCCGCCUUGGCUUUGUGGAAGCAUCUUCCUUCUCUUUCAUGCUUCUUAUGUGCUAGCGUUUAUUGUUGGCCCUUCACAUUGCUCCAUAAUAUCCUCCUCCCCUCAUAUAUCCUUUGCCCUCCUCAGCUACCCACCCCAUCAUAUUCAUACAUACCCCAUCCCAUCCCAUCCCAUCCCUUCCUAUCCCAUUUCAUUUGCCUCCUCACCUUCUCUCUAUCAUCAUUCUAUUCUAUUCUACACAUACAAUCCAUUAUAAUGGCGGUCCAGGCUCAAUACCCUUCAAAUGUCCUCCUCCUAAACAGAAACGGACAAGAAGGCCUUGAUUAUUCAUUACAACCACAACCAGGAGGAUUUCUUGAUCAAUCCCAUAUGUUAUUGAUCAACAAUGGAGGGGGGAGUACUAAUAAUUCGCGGAAGAGAGGAAGAGAAGUUGCACCAGCUACUGGGGUGUCAUCAUCGGCUCCAAUCAAUCCAAUUUUCUCUUUGCAAUCUCAAGCUUCUCAGCUUAUAGACCUCUCUCAGCUCCACAACCACCACCACCACCACCACCACCCCAAUGUGGUCUCCACCGGCCUCCGCUUGUCUUUCGGGGACCAACAACAACAACAACAGCAACAACAACAAUUACAACAACAACAUCAACAUCAACAACAGCAACAGCAACAACAUGUUUGUCAAUCAUCGUCUCCUUUCCUAUCGCUAAUAGCAGAAGACUUCGCAAGCCAAAUCAAACAACAGCGUGACGAAAUCGAGCAAUUCCUUCAAGCCCAGGGAGAGCAACUGCAGCGCACAUUAGCAGAGAAAAGGCAGAGGCACUAUCGUGCGCUGCUGGGCGCAGCGGAGGGGGCAGUGACCCGGAGAUUGCGAGAAAAGGAGGCGGAGGUGGAGAAGGCCGCGCGCAGGAACGCCGAGCUUGAGGCACGCGCGGCGCAACUUAGCGUGGAAGCGCAGGUAUGGCAGGCGAAGGCCCGGUCCCAGGAGGCCCAGGCGGCGACCCUGCAGGCCCAACUCCAGAAGGCCAUGAUGAGCGGAGUUUCCCCCGCGCAGGAUAGCAGGAGAGGGGAGGAUCCGCUAGGUGGUGUAGAGGGCCAGGCGGAGGACGCCGAGUCGGCGUAUAACGACCCGGACCGAGUCGUCGUAUCGGGUCCGAGAUGUAAAGCUUGUCGGAAACGCGUGGCGUCGGUGGUUCUGAUACCGUGUCGGCAUCUGUGCCUCUGUACAGAGUGUGACCAAGUGGCUCAGGCCUGCCCACUUUGCCUCACAUUGAGAAGCUCUAGCGUUGAAGUUUACCUUUCUUAGGGCCCAAUGCCCAAAAAUGUCAAUAGCCCAGGCCCAGUAAGAGGCCCCACCAGAUGAGUGCCAGUUUUCUUUUUUCUUUUUUGAAAAAAAAAAAAAAAAAAAAUCAAAAUAAUAUCGAGUAUAAUAAGAAUUACUUCUUCUUCUUUUUUUUUUUUGGUUCCCCCUCUUGGAUUGGAAAUACCUAGAGGUGAUGAUGUACAUGGGCCACAUGGGUAGUGGCAUUUUUUUUUUUUUUUUUUGAAAUUUAAUUCAUAUAUAAAUUCUUUUAUUUGAUAAUUACUUUGCCA